AUGAGAGCAUGGCGACUACUCUCGCGCUCAUUCCUCCCCGAAUCUCAGCAAAAAGACCUCCUAGCAUACACCCCAAUGUUCCACUCGAAGAUGUUCGGCGAAAAGAGCAACUACCGCGAUGCGCACUUCCAACCCCUCAAAUCGACUAUCCCCUCCCCCAGCGACGAAUACCACCUCUCACAACUACCCGAGUCGGACAGACAUCUCGACGGCAACCCAGCGUUCGACAGACCCCUCACCGUACAAUUCUGCUCAAACGACCCCGAGGACUUUCUGCGCGCGGCGAAACACGUUGCGCCCUUUUGCGAUGCGGUUGAUCUGAAUCUGGGAUGUCCACAAGGAAUCGCGAAGAGAGGGAAAUACGGCGCAUUCCUGCAGGAAGACUGGGAUCUGAUAUCGAGGAUGAUACGCAAACUACACGAGGAACUGGAUGUCCCAGUCACAGCGAAGAUGCGUGUCCUUGAGACACCGGAGAAAACUCUCGCAUAUGCAAAAACACUAUUAGACGCUGGCGCAAGCAUCAUCACAGUGCACGGCCGCCGUCGAGAACAAAAAGGUCACAACACCGGCCUCGCAGACUGGAAGAUGAUCCGCCACCUACGGGAGAACCUUCCUAGAGAAACCGUCAUAUUCGCCAACGGCAACAUACUCCAACACGAAGACAUCGCCGCGUGUCUGGAAGCCACAGGCGCAGACGGCGUCAUGAGCGCAGAAGGAAACCUGUACGACCCUACUAUCUUCGCCGCGCCACCGCCACCCGGCCAGGAAGGACGGGAGUACUGGCGCGGUCGCGAUGGUAAGGGUGGAUACAGGAUGGACGCAGUAAUGAGACGGUACAUGGACAUCAUCCAUAAAUACGCACUCGGUCAAGACCCGCCACAACGGAAACCGCUCUGGAUGCCCGGCGAUCCUGAGACCGAAGACCCAUCAAAACAACCGGAAGAAACAGCAGAAACAGCCCAUUCAAACUCGAACACAGACGCAGCAGAAAACGGCAAACGCCCCGCCUCUCAAGGCGAAAGCCCGCCAAAGAAGAAACAAAAACCCUUGUCUAAAGCCGCAAAGAAGAAGGAGGCUAGCAACCCCAAUCUCACAGCCAUGCAAGCCCAUCUCUUUCACCUAUUGCGUCCGCUUGUGUCUCAACACCACAACGUACGCGACGCGCUUGCACGAUCACGGACGGGCGAUAUUGAGGCGUUUGAGAAUGUGUUGAGGCUUGUUGAGGAGGCGGUUAAGGAGGGGAUUAUGGGGUAUGAGGAGGAGCACGCUAACGACGCUGUCACAGGAGCCCAAGAUGUGAAGGAAGAGGGGAAGGUGGAUGGCAAGGACGCAAAAGAGGAGGAGCAGGUGGAAUUAGAUCCGUAUGAGAGUUCUCUUGCGACUGUUGCAAGGGUUAAGAGGCCGUAUUGGGUGUGUCAGCCGUAUGUUAGACCACUGCCGAAGGAGGCGUUGGAGAAGGGGAGUAUGACUGUUAGUAAGAAGGAGAGGAAGAGGGCGGAGGAGGAGAUAGAGAGGAGGAAGAAAGAGGAGGGGUUGGAGAAGAGUGUGGGGUUGGUGCCUGGGGGGCGGGUUGAGGAGAAGGUUGUUAGUGAGGAGGGUGGAGACAAGAAUGGGGAGGGAGAGAAGGAGGUUGUGGAGGAGCCGCGGGAUGGGAUGGUGUGCGGCUAA